AUGGCAUCAAAAUCCUCCAAUUCGGCUCCCAUAAAAACAGUCAUCGUUCUAGUCCAAGAAAACCGGUCCUUCGACCACAUGUUCGGGUGGAUGAAAACCCUCAACCCAGAUAUCGACGGCGUGACGGGCUCCGAGUCCAACCCCCUGCCAACCAGGGGCCCAAUCUUCUUUGGGCCCCGAUCUACUUAUGUGGAACCGGACCCUGGUCACUCCAUCCAGGACGUCUUUGAGCAGGUGUUUGGAGUCGAGUGGACCCAAGAAUUGGAUGUCAACAAAAUACGGCCCGACAUGCAAGGUUUCGCCAAGAACGCAGAGCGCAAAAUGAAAGGGAUGUCUGGCACGGUCAUGAAUGGGUUCCGGCCGGAGAGUUUGCCCGUGUACAAGGAGCUGGUGGCUGAGUUUGCCGUGUGCGACCGAUGGUUUGCGUCCGUGCCAGGGUCCACGCAGCCCAACAGGCUGUUUGUGCACUCCGCCACGUCACAUGGCCUCACCAGCAAUGACAAGGAGCUUUUGAUUAAAGGAUUGCCUCAAAAGACCAUAUUUGAGUCGCUGGAGGAAGCGGGUUGUACAUUUGGCAUAUACUAUCAGUACCCUCCCCCCACACUUUUCUACCGGAACCUGAGGAGACUAAAGUACAUAAUUCGUAAUUUCCAUCAAUUUGAUCUUACUUUCAAGAGGCAUUGCGAGCAGGAAAAAUUACCCAACUACGUGGUGAUAGAACAACGAUAUUUUGACCUAAAACUAUUGCCGGCCAACGACGAUCACCCCUCACAUGAUGUGUUCGAAGGCCAGAAAUUUAUCAAGGAAAUCUACGAAGCGUUGAGGUCAAGUCCUCAGUGGAAGGAGAUGCUAUUUGUAAUCACUUAUGACGAGCAUGGUGGGUUCUUUGACCAUGUGCCUAGUCCGGUCGAAGGAGUUCCCAGCCCGGAUGGCAUCACAGGUCCCGAGCCUUACAAUUUUCAGUUCAACCGGCUAGGAGUUAGGGUUCCUACUAUCUUCAUUUCUCCAUGGAUUGAGAAAGGAACUGUGUUACACGGGCCUUCAGGACCAUAUCCCACAUCUGAAUUUGAGCAUUCGUCUAUACCUGCAACUAUCAAAAAGAUGUUCAAUCUAAGGGAGUUUCUAACUGAGCGCGACGCAUGGGCGGGUACUUUCGAGACAGUCAUUAGCAGAAAGAACCCGAGAACCGAUUGCCCAGAAAUCCUACCGGAGCCGGUCAAACUACGUGAGGCCGAGGCUAAGGACGAAGCAAAACUAAGCGAUUUCCAAGAGGAGCUAGUCCAGCUGGCUGCGGUCUUAUGUGGGGAUCACACGAAGGACACUUUCCCAAGAAAACUAGUUGACAGCAUGACGGUGUCUGGUGGAGCCGACUACGUGAAGGACGCAUUCGGUAAGUUCUUGGAAGAGUGUGAGAAAGCCAGGCAAAAUGGAGCUGAUGAGUCCAUCAUUUGUUUGCCAGGAUGGGAUUGCAAUUCUGAUAAUAGUCCACCAGUUCCAAAGUCUAAAUCCUUUGCUUCUAAGUUGUGUUCAUGCAUUGGUUGUGGGGAUCAUUGA